AUGAGCCUCCUGCGGGUGGAGAUGCAGCCCAGCCAGGCCCAGAGCGCCCAUCCUGCCCGGCACCUGCCCAGUGCCCAAAUGCUCCAGGAGCCACCAGCAUGGUCGACUGGAGAGUGUCAUCUCCGCCCCUUCACCCUACCGAGGUCCCCCUUACCCCGAGCCCCCUCCAAGCACAGGGUCUUCCUGAGAGAGCAGAUGAACGACAUGCAGGCACAUGGACAGUCACUCACACACACCAACGCCAACCGGCCGCACCUCUCAUGUGGUCAUGUGCUGUACUUGAGCCGCACAACCCGUGACUGGAAUCUGGCCAGCCAGGGUCUGCAGCCUGGCAGCCAGCUGAUGCUGCCCCACCCCACAACACCACCACCCUCGGACAGCAGCCGCCUGGCCCAGCCCGUGGGCCCGGAGGGCUUCAAGGACCCCAAGUGGGUGGCUGGGUGCCCACCCCCAAAAGGCAGCUCCACCACCCCCAUCCCAUUAGCUGCUCAGGGCUACAAGGCCCCAGAGGUGUCUGGCCUGGCGGCCCACAGCUGCCUGUGGCCCAUGGUCCUCCUAGCCUUCUGCUGGCCUAGGCACAGCCCAGCUGGGGCCUGGAGAGCCCAUCCUGCCCGGCACCUGCCCAGUGCGAAAACACAUGGACCUGCCACCAGACCCCGGCACCAGGCCCGGGUGCCCAGCGGCCAGCCAAAGGUGCCCUGCCCCCGCAUACCACCAACCCUGUACAGCACUGGGGCCCAGAAGGCUUCUAAGACUCAGGGCACGUGGCCAGGUGUGCGUGAGGGAGCUCGGGGUUUGGCUGCCUGCGGCCAGUGGUCCUCUGAACCUCCUGUGGGCAGAGGUACAGCCCAGCCAGUGUCCAGAGCGUCCGUCCUGCCCAGCAUCUGCCCGGUGCCCAACACACGGGGAGCCACCAGCAUGGUUGACUGUUGCGAGGGGCUCGUCGGGAUUCCUCUCGAGUGGCUGCUGGCAAAUAGGGCCAUGUUUAGAGUAAUUUUAACUAAACAUGCAGAUCUGUCAAGAGAACUAGACUUGGAAAUGAUAACAGAGGAAGAACAAGGAAAACUUGAUGAAGAUGAGAAUAACCAUGCACAGGUUGAAGAAGAAAAGAAGCACAAAAGUAGUGAAGUGGAAGUAUCAGAGAACAUAUGUGAUGCUGCUGAUGAGAAUGGAUUGUUUCAGCAGAGAAAGAGUGGAGGAAAGAGCAACCAGGAGUUUCCUGCUAUGCAGAAUGAGGGUUCUGAUAGCGAUCCUGGUGUGCACAGGAAGGAAGUAAAGAAAAAGAACAAUGACAAAUGGACACCAGAAGAACGUGUGAUUGCAUCAAUAUUUGAAAAGACCGAUUCACUGACUGGUGGUCUGCUGCACGUGAAUGAUGACAGCAUUUUAAGGGAAGUGGAUCAGGGUGAUGACAGGCCUGCAAGGAAAACACCGUAUGAAAAGAAGAAGGUCAAAGAACAAAUUAAUUACAUGAACGAACUGGAUGACUUAACUCAGUCAUCCGAGACUGUUUCUGAGGACGGUGAUGUGCUUUACUCUAUGAAUUCCACAUUGCAAGUAGAACCUCUCAACGUGGGGUGUAAAGAUUCUGUUAGCUUGUUGAAAAUUCAGGAUACAAUUCUUUUGCAUGAAAGAUUAUUAGAUUUUCAAAGAAGCCAAAGAAGCCACUGUGAACUACUUAGAGGAUAAUUUUACAGAAUGAAAAGUAAGGUUCAUGGGCAAAAAGAGCUGUCAGAAACCAAAGAAGUGAAAUCACAGUUAUAGCAUCAGAAAGUGGAAUGGGAAAGAGAGCUCAGCAGCUUGAGAUUCACCUUAAAUCAAGAAGAAAAGAAUAGAAGAAAUGCCGAGAUGUUAUAUGAAAAAAUGAGGGAGCAUUUAAGAAAAGAAGACCAAUAUAGUAAAGAAGUUGAAGUGAAACAGCACCUAGAAGUCACUUUCCAAGCAGUAGAAGUGAUAGUGAAGACUGAAAGAAAUAAUCUGAAUCAGGUUUAUGAUAGUUGUGAAGAAACAGAAGACCUGUUGCACAAAAAGCUCAUGCUGCAGGAGGAAAUUGCCAUGCUAAGACUGGAGAUAGAUGCACUGAAAAAUCAGCAUCAGGAAAAGGAAGAGAACUAUUUUGAGGAUAUUGAAAUUCUCAAAGUAAAGAAUGAUGAUCUUUAAAAGGCAAUAAAACUGAACGAGGAAACGUUAACAAAAACUAUAUCCCUCUAUACAGACUAGCUUAAUGGUCCGACAGCUGAGAAUACAAUGCUAAACUCUAAGCUGGAGAACGAAAAAGAAAGUAAACAAAGACUGGAAACGGAAGUGAAAUCCUACCGUUCUAGACUGGCUGCUGCCUUACAUGAUCAUGAUCAAGGUCAGACAUCAAAAAGAGAUCUGGAACUUGCCUUCCAGAGAGCAAGAGACGAGUGGUUAUGCUUGCGGGACAAAAUGAAGUAUGAUGUGGCUAAUCUAAAAGAUAACAAUGAGACGCUUUCCCAGCAACUAUCUACAGUGGAAAGUAUUUUUAAUAAGCUGAAAAUCAAGCUGCAUCACACGAGAGAUGAUCUUAGAGAAAAGACUUUGAUGUUAGAACGUGUCCAGAGAGAUCUAAGGCAAUCAGAGUGUCAAAAGCAGGAAACUGAACACAUGUAUCAGGAUGAACAAGGCAAAGUGAAUACAUACCUUGGAAAGCAGGAAUCCUAGAGGAGAGAUUAUCUCAACUCCAGAGUGAAAACAUGUUGCUCCGACAGCAACUGGGAGCCGACAGUAAAGAGAAGACGGUCAUUAGCAUCCAAGACCAGUUUCAGCAGAUUGUGAGAAAACUUCAGGCCGAAUAUGAGAAACAAGGUCUGAUGCUGGAGAAAAGAAACAAGGAGUUAAUCAAGGAAUGGACUCAUUUAAAAGAGAGAAUGUAUUGGUACGAAAAUGAGAAAGCAGAAGGAGAAGUGAGCAUCCAGAAGGAGAAAUAAUUCUCAGACUUCGUGAAAGAAAGUUCAAAGUGAUUCUUGAUUCUGGCUAAAUGUUGAAUCUAGUUGAAUAUAAAAAAUACACAGGCUGUGAAUCUGUGCUCUCUAAACCAGCCUAAAAGCAUACCUUGUAUCCAGCAAAU